AUGGCGGCGGGCAGCCCCAAGCAGACGCGGAAGAAAAAAAAAGUCUUGAUUGCUAGAAAGAGGAGGAAAAAGAAACCGCAGCCGGCAGCGGUACAGCCUUGUGUGUCUGAGCCAGAUGGUGGGACCAGUCAGAAUGGCAAGCGUUCCGCCAAAUCGGCAACGGCUCACUGCAAAGGCAGCCUUGCCGGAUCCAAAAGUGUGGCACGAAGAAAAAAGAUCCUCCAAGCCAGUGGCUCCAAGAAGCGAGUGCGCAAAGAAAGCCACAGUGGUGGUAAGAGGAAGAAGUGCAAAGCGAAGGCGACGGCAUCACAGAAGGACGCUCCUAACCAACAAGAGCAGCCUCCAAGUCAAGAAGCCUCCCCUGCACAGAGGGAACAGGGAGAUGAGCAGUGCGAGCGCGACCCCUCGGAUGUUCGGAAGAAGUGUAAACUUGGGGAUACUUCCAAGCCAAAAAAGAGGAAAGCCAAAGGGGCGCCGAUCAAAUGCACUGACGAUAAAGCCGCUGCAGGCGCCACCGACGAGCAUGGUGAGCAGGAUAAGAAGGCAGCCACAGAGACAAGCAGUGGGAGUCAUCCAGACGACAGUGCCCAGUGUUUGAAGAUUUGUGCUGCCAACCUUCCCUGGUGGUUUGAUAAAGCCAGGAUUGAACGGCAUUUUCGAAGAAUGGGGGAGGUCGCACAUGUCUGGCUUCUGUAUGACAAGUGGGGUGAAUCCCGCGGCGUGGCUUUCAUCACGUUCUCUGACAAGGCAUCUGUGAAGGCAGCUCUGCAGUGUGAUGGUACAAACAUCGGGGGCAACGUGGUCAGGGUCAACUUGGCCCUGGACAAGAACAAGGAUGCCGAUGCAAAGGGGAAAGGCCAGAGCAAGGGCUGGGCUGGAGGUGGAGCUUGGGCAGAUGACGCUUCCCCAAACCAAGCUGCUGGCACUUCCGGGCAUUCGAAAGGAAAGGGAAGAGGAAAGGGAGGAAAGGGCGGAAGGGGAAAAGGCUCUGAGCCGAGCGGCAUUCUGGCACUGCCGAACCGUCCUGAGGGUUCUCUUGGGCUCAUGGCUCGAGGCUUGUCCUACGAUGCUACAGAGAAGGAUCUAAGGCAGCUCUUCUCUCAGUGUGGCUCAGGGCCGACUCGUGUCAGGGUGCUCGUGGACAAGGAUGGCUGGUCCAAAGGCAAGGCAUUUCUCGAUUUUGCUGAUGAGGCAGCCGUCGAAAAGGCAAUGGAGUUCAAUGACACGCUGCUUAAAGGCAGAAAACUUCGGCUGGAAUACACGCGUGCAGCAUCCUAG